ACUUCGGUAACUUCCGCCGGUUCGGUCGGAAAUGGCCGAAGACGUGCGAGACCCAGCGGUUUAAGGGGAGAAGAUCGGCCGGCUUCUCGGAAUAAACCAAUUGUGUCCGGCCCGUGGGGGGGGGGGGAGCAGGGGAAGGCGGACGGAGCGGGAAGACGAGGCAGCGGCUAUGGCUCCCCCCCCAGCCACUCGCGGCUCCGCCAGGAGGGCGAAGUGAGGGCGCCGAGAGGCUCCAGACAGAUGAGUAGAGCGCUGGCUGCAGAGGAGGGACAGAUUCCAGUCUGCCUGAUCACCGUGUGCAGAGGGAAACCCUCGAGAUCAGCCCUGGGAGAAAGAAGAGAGGUGGUGAAGGAGUCGAUGUGAGAUGUGGGACAGGUCUGAGCCAAGGAGCUGAGGGACAACAGGAAUGGCAGAGCUUCGCCCUCCCAGCAGCGAUGAGAGAGACUGACAGUGCUACGAGUCCCUUCUGGCUCCUUCUGCACGGCGGCUGCUGCCUCUGCAUAUUCAUCGGAUGGUAAUGCAGGAUGUCGGCAGCGGCGGUGGAGUUCGGCUCGGUCCCACUGCGUUUUCCUUCUGCCUGUUGCGACUCUGAAUCGCCAUGACAACGCUGUGACACUUCCAGCAAAGGUUGCCCGUGGACCAGGGGUGGGCUGGGGGUGGGCGAGAAGGUCAAUGCUCGACUCUAACGGGAUCAGAAGUCGCGCCUGCAGCAAAACGACCGUGGAAGAGCCGCCGGCACGGCAAGAAGAUGAAAUUCCCCUUCCAUUGGCUUCUCGUUGAGCAGGCACAAUAACAUUUCCCUUCGAGACGCUCGCUGUAAAAACUCUUUUGGUUAUGGCUACUGAUCCAACGUGAUUGCGCGCGCGGCGGCUUUGGAACUCAUGACUGGCUAUACGAUGUUGCGCAAUGGGGGAGUGGGGAACGGAGGCCAGCCGUGGGUGUUGAGGUGGUCCAGCCGGAUCCGGCUCACCUGGCUUAGCUUCACCCUCUUCGUCAUCCUCGUUUUCUUCCCCCUCAUCGCCCACUACUACCUGACCACCAUCGACGACGCGGACGAUGCCGGCAAGCGCAUCUUCGGCCCCCGCACCGGCAACGAGCUGUGCGAGGUGAAGCACGUGCAGGACCUGUGCCGCAUCCGCGAGUCGGUCAGCGAGGAGCUGCUCCAGCUGGAGGCCAAGCGGCAGGAGCUCAACAGCGAGAUCGCCAAGCUCAACCUGAAGAUCGAGGCCUGCAAGAAGAGCAUUGAAAAUGCCAAGCAGGACCUGCUGCAGCUGAAGAACGUCAUCAGUCAGACCGAGCAUUCCUACAAGGAGCUGAUGGCUCAGAACCAGCCCAAGCUCUCCUUGCCCAUCCGGCUGCUGCCAGACAAGGACGAUGCGACCUUCCCCCUGCCAAAAUCCAACAGGAACUGCAGGCUGCACAACUGCUUUGACUACUCGCGCUGCCCGCUGACAUCUGGCUUUCCAGUCUAUGUCUACAACAGUGACGAUUACCCUUUUGGUAGUUCCUUAGACCCUUUAAUUAAACAGGCCUUUGAGGCGACUGUCAGAACUAACGUUUAUGUUACUGAAAAUGCAAAUAUUGCUUGUGUGUAUAUAAUUUUAGUGGGGGAAAUGCAAGAGCCCGUAAUGCCAAAACCUACUGAACUAGAGCAACAGUUGCACUCUUUGCCAUAUUGGAGGACUGAUGGACACAACCAUCUCAUCAUCAAUCUGUCGAGGAAGUCGGAAACUCAGAACUUCAUUUACAACAUCAGCACGGGGCGCGCCAUGAUCGCCCAGUCCACCUUUUACGACGCCCAGUACCGACCGGGCUUUGACAUCGUGGUCUCUCCUCUGGUCCACGCCAUGUCCGAGCCCAACUUCCUAGAGAUCCCUCCCCAGGUGCCGGUCAAGCGUAAGUACCUGUUCAGUUUCCAGGGGGAGAAGAUCGAGUCUCUCCGCUCCAGCUUGCAGGAGGUUCGCUCCUUCGAAGAGGAGAUCGAAGGCAACGCCCCGGCCGACUAUGACGACCGGAUCAUCACCACCCUGAAGGCUGUUCAGGACAGCAAGCUGGACUUUGUUCUGGUGGAGUUCACGUGUAAGAACCAGCCUAAGGCGAGUCUGCCCACUGAGUGGGCUCUGUGUGGAGAAAGGGACGACAGACUAGAGCUACUGAAGCUUUCUACUUUUGCACUGAUCAUCACCCCCGGGGACACCCAUUUAGUGAUCUCUGCCGGGUGUACCAUGAGACUGUUUGAGGCUCUGGAAGUCGGGGCCAUCCCGGUAGUUCUCGGAGAGCAAGUUCAGCUACCCUACAACGAUGUGAUCCGGUGGAACGAGGCAGCCUUAAUUAUACCAAAGCCACGUAUCACAGAAGUGCACUUUCUUCUGAGAAGCAUUUCUGACAACGAUCUCCUUGCCAUGAGGAGGCAGGGCCGCUUCUUGUGGGAGACCUACUUCUCCACCUCCGACAACGUCUUCAGCACAGUCUUAGCUAUCAUAAGGACUCGAAUCCAAAUCCCGGCUGCUCCUAUCCGAGAAGAACCCGCCGUGGAGAUCCCCCACCGGUCUGGCAAAGCUGCUGGUACAGACCCCAAUAUGGCAGACAAUGGUGACCUGGACUUGGGGCCCGUGGAGACAGAGCCACCCUACGCCUCUCCCAAAUAUCUCCGCAAUUUCACCCUCACCGCCAUGGAUAUCUACAGGAAUUGGAAUUCUGCCCCAGGGCCUUUCCACCUCUUCCCCUACACUCCCUUCGACCCCGUUUUACCAUCAGAAGCAAAAUUUUUGGGGUCUGGGACUGGAUUUCGACCAAUUGGUGGAGGAGCAGGUGGCUCUGGGAAGGAGUUCCAGGCUGCUUUGGGUGGCAAUGUCCCGCGGGAGCAGUUCACGGUGGUGAUGUUGACUUACGAGCGGGAGGAAGUGUUGAUGAACUCCCUAGAAAGGCUCAAUGGUCUCCCCUACUUAAAUAAAGUUGUGGUGGUGUGGAACUCUCCCAAGCUUCCCUCCGAGGAUCUCUUGUGGCCAGACAUUGGCGUCCCGAUCAUGGUGGUGCGCACGGAGAAGAACAGCCUCAACAACCGCUUCCUGCCCUGGGACGAGAUCGACACCGAGGCCAUCCUGUCCAUCGACGACGACGCUCACCUGCGCCACGACGAGAUCAUGUUCGGCUUCCGGGUGUGGAGGGAGGCCAGGGAUCGCAUCGUGGGCUUCCCGGGGCGCUACCACGCCUGGGACAUCCCCCACCAGUCCUGGCUCUACAACUCCAACUACUCCUGCGAGCUCUCCAUGGUGCUCACUGGUGCUGCCUUCUUCCACAAGUACUACGCCUACCUGUACUCCUACGUGAUGCCCCAGGCCAUCCGGGACAUGGUGGACGAGUACAUCAACUGCGAGGACAUCGCCAUGAACUUCCUGGUGUCCCACCUCACCAGGAAACCUCCCAUCAAGGUGACCUCCCGCUGGACCUUCCGCUGCCCCGGCUGCCCCCAGGCGCUUUCCCACGACGAUUCCCACUUCCACGAGCGGCACAAGUGCAUCAACUUCUUUGUGAAGGUGUACGGGUACAUGCCCCUGCUCUACACCCAGUUCCGCGUCGACUCGGUCCUCUUCAAGACCCGCCUGCCCCACGACAAGACCAAGUGCUUCAAGUUCAUCUAGAAACGGCAGCGGCUGCGCCCGGAGGCGGGAGAGGCCGGCACGGCGCGGGUUUGGUGGGGCUGAGAGUGCAGGAGGCGCCGGCAAACGGGACAGCCUGGAUUGGGAUGGGCGCUUCCCUCCUUCCCCUGUUCCCACAGCAGCUCAACAGAGGGGGAAUGGGAUCCCAUGGCUCCUGUAAGGAACCUGGACAGGGAAUGGGAUCCCAUGGCUCCUGUGAGGAACCUGGACAGGGAAUGGGAUCCCAUGGCUCCUGUGAGGGCUCACCAGACAGGGAAUGGGAUCCCAUGGCUCCUGUGAGGAACCUGCACAGGGAAUGGGAUCCCAUGGCUCCUGUGAGGACACUCCCAUGGAUCACACACUGAGGAAUGGCUCGCUGGCCACCAGCUCUGCCCCUUCGCUAGCCAAGGGCAGCCGUUCUUUUUAAUUAUAAUUAUUGUUAUUUAAAAUGAAAGUGUUUUAGAUUUGCCGCGUGAGGCGCUUUUUUGUUUCCUUUUCUUUUGCCUCUCCUCUCCCCACCCCAUUCCCUCUCUGGACCCUCCAGCCCAUCCCAGGGGACGUGGCAAGGCCAGGUUGGAGGUGUUGGGUGCAGCUCCUGUCACCACUGCUGUCCCAUCCUUCCCCCCAUGGCACAGCUCUUCUCACCCACCGGAUCCUGGCCUCUCCUGCCCUGUGGCUACUCCUGAGGCCUCUCAGGCCUCACCUGGUGAGGAGCCCUUGGCUCUGCUCUGCCCUUCUCCCACCCUGAGCCCUCAGCAGGGCCGAGGUUGGCCUGGAUGCUCCUUCCAGGCUCCAGCUCUGGCCCCGCGCCGUUCCCCUGCCGCAGCCGGGGGGGUUCAGUUGCUGCUGUCUCACUCUUUGCCCACCUUGUCCUGCUGAUCCUCUCAAGACAGGGAGCGUGUUUGGGGCUUAGGGAAGAUCCACCUGCAGCACAGCCAGGGCUGGGUGUGCUCCUGGAGGCUCUGACCCUUCUCCGUGCUCAGCCUGGGUGUGCCAGAGCUGCAAUUCCCGCUCUGCCCCAUUCCCAUCCCAGAGGCUCCGUGCCCGUGCCGGGUUUGCCUCAGCUGCCUUAACCCCGGCCCAUCUGAGGGCUCUGUCCGAGGCUCAAUCCCAUCAGGAGCUUUCCAGGCUGUGAUGCUGCUGGGAUCACGUUCACAGCGUGGGUUUGGAGCUGCUUCCUCUCCCCCAGAGUCAAAUCCUGUCCCAGCUGUGAGCACCCGAGCUCAGCUGCUGCCCUGUCCUGCUCCCUGGAGGGGGGCACGGGAGGGAAGGGCACAGCCUGGCCCUGCUGUGAUGUCCUCCCUCAGCACAUCCCAGACGUUUGUGAGCAGCCUGGGGAAGCUCUUGCUGGGUGGGUGGGAAGGUGGCACUUGUGUGGUCACCUCAAUGUCCCUGCUUUUCCUGGAUGCCACCCCUGGUGUGUCUCUGGUGUGUGGGAGCACGGAUGGCCCAGCAGCAGCUCCUGGGCUCAUUCCCAAGGUCAGCCCUGUCCAUGCUCCUCCUGCACCGCGCUUUGGGGCCUCUCCAAGCUCCUCUCCCCAGGUUUUCCUCCUUGGGAAGGAGAGGAAGAGCAGCCUGUUCCCAGCAGAGCCCAUGGCCCUUCACCAGCACCACUGACCACAGCAGAACACGCAUCAAGGAAUCUUCUCCUGGUUUUGUUCCCCUUUCCAUUCCCUUUUUGUUUUAACAUCAGGUGCCCAAAACGCAGCACGGGAAGUCUCAGUCCCCUUAAAAAUGCCAUGGGAGACUCCUGCGAGGCCCUGGAACACCUGGAGGGAUUCUCCUGCCCGGAGUGGAAAUGUGGCACUUGCCAGGAGCUGUGCCAGCUCCAGCAUUCCCGAGGGGCCCGAGCUCCUCUGCCACGGCUUUAAUUGCGCCCUCAUUAGCGGGGUUCGUUAGCAGCGCUGCCAUGGCUCGGGUACGGCCCAGGCCCGGGGUCAGCUCUGCCUUCCCAGCAGGGACUGCACUUCAUCCAAACACAGGCAGGGCUCAGCAGCUCCAGGCUGUCCAGAAUCUGAGGGGAAAUGUUGCUCCAGUGAGAGCCUGGGGAGCAGGGAUGGGACAGGGAGUGUUGGCAUUGCCGAGUGCCUCGGGAUGCUCUGGGUGUCGGAGCCCCAGGCUGGAAAUUCUGCUUUCCCUUGCUGUGAUUCCAUUCGAGGCCAGUUGAGAUCAGGGAUUGGCAGAGCAAAUCCCACUGUUCUUCCUCCCAGGCUCUUUGGCCUUUUUCCCAAGCUGUUUUUUCCUUGUUGGGAGGAUCCCCCUGUCCAUUGUGCUGGAGUAGGGACAGGACGUGCAGUGGGAUCUCUCUGCAUGUCGUGGGAUGAACUCUUCCUUGCUGAGCGCCCCUAAAGGGGAAGGAUUUGGGGGUGAAGGAGUAAAGAGGCUGCUCCUGGAGAUUCCUGGGCAGCCUUUGGGAGGGACGGAAUUCUGUGAGGACAUGAAAUGCCAGCAGGAACAUCUUCCCCACCCACCAGGCUGGUGCUGCCCCUCCCGGUCCUGCUGCUGCAGCUCAUCCCAAACACCACCGAGCCUGCUGGAGGAUUGGGAAUCACAGCCCAGAAUUCUGCUCCUGAGCUGUCCUGAGGCCCCUCCACCAGGGAGGAGAGGGGCUUUUCCAGAGCGCCACCAUCCCAAACAUCCUUCCUUGCCACCACCCAUCGUUCUCCCGGGAUUUUCAGGGCACCCCAGGGUCCCUCCGAAGCUCAGGUUUGGUUGUACGACCCAUCCCAGCUCCUGGGGCACGCGGCCUCCACCACGCCAGCCCUGAGGAGACGGGAAGGGCUCUUGGCAGCUGCACCUUUUCCCCACUGCAGUUUCUGCUGCUUCCCCCAGGCACGGGCGAGGCCUUUCCCGCUGUAAAUAGAAACGACAGGGGUGACCCGGCCCCGGCCCCGCCCGUGCCACACGGCCCCUGCCCUCCCCUUGUGCCCACGGUGAGCACCGGGACUCCAACAGGAACUGAGAGACGAGGAACACUCCUUGGACACGAGCACAAUGUUGAGAUUUUUGUAAAAGGUUCCAAUAAAUGGAGAGUUUAACUUGGCGGCGUCUCGGUGCCUCUUUGCUGGGGCUGGGCCAGGACGGGGCUGUCACUGCUGCUGCCCCUGGGACACCCCAAACCCGGGCAUCUCCCGGGGUUCCAGUCCCACGGGGCAGGUGAGCCGGGCUGGAAUGCUGGAAACUCCUCAGGGAUGGCGGUGCCUGGAGCUAAACCUCAUCGUGCCCCCGGUGAGCUCCGGGGGAGCAGGGCUGGACCCUGAGUGGCUCCCAGGGAUGUCCCAUCCCAGUUCUGGGGCUGCUCUUGUGGGGGUUUGGAGCAGUGGGAGCAGCAGCUGAGCCGGCGCUGGGAUUGCAAACCUGCCCAUCCCUGCUCCAGAUCCAGAGCCAAGGACCUCGAGGGGACACUUCCCACUGCUGGCUCAGGAGGCUCCUGGUCCCUCUCCUGUGCAGGAGGCUGAAAAACCAAACGGAUCCACAGGGUUUGUAAGCAGAUUCCAGCUUCAAACCCGCAGGGAGGAGCAGAGGGGAGGAAUGGAGCAGCUGGGCCAGGAGCCAUGGGAUCCCCUCCACGCUGGGCUGGGAAUGCCCCAGGAUUUCCUGCACGUGGCUGAAUUUCCUCUCUUCCUGCUGCCUGUGGGGUUUUGUCCUCCCUCCUGAGCAGCUGCUUCCUCCGUGGUCACUUUUCACCUCCGUGGUCACUUUUCACCUCUGUGGUCACUUUUCACCUCCGUGGUCACUUUUCCCCUCUGUGCCUGCUGCCCCUGCUGCUGCUCCCUUUGGGAAUUGUGUCCUUUCUUUUCCCUUCUGCCCCAGAGUAAGGCUUGGUUUGUGCUUGGGUUUGUUUCCAGGAGAGGUUUCAGGGAAACCCCAAAGGAUUUCAGUCCUGGAGGGAGGAGGUGAAUGCUCAGCCUCCCAAAUGCCUGAGAUCUCCCCAAAAUACUGCAGGGAGGCAGGGCCACCAGUGAAGGGCACAGAAUUCCUCACUCCAGGAUCCUGGCCUGUGGAAUGCUGUCUUGGGAUCUGCCUCCCAAAUGAGUCCAGCAGCAUCUCUGGCAUGGACUCAGUGGAGCCGAUUUUCUCCUGAGGCUUCUCCUGGGAUAAAAACCUCCUGAUCAAUAAUUUUUCCUGCUGUAACUGCUGUGUUUGGUGAGAGGAGCCACAGCUCAGUUCCAUUUCCCUGUGUACCCCGGGAUGAGGAAACGGAGGCGAUGAAUCCCGUUAAUAAUUCAUUCCCUGCUCCCAGGAGGAGGGCAGGGUGAAGUGCUUUACACUCCACUCCUCUGCCCUACAAAGAGCCCUCCAUUUCCUCCUUUGGAUGAUGCGCUCCUUGAUAAAAAGCAAUUUCACUGGAAUUGCUCCUGUUCUGCCCGGCAGUGCCAUAAAAGCCACCAGCUCCUGCUGAGCCCAGGAAAGGACGCGCUGCCAGCCUUCCCUGGGUGAUCCCAGGUGACAGGGCCUUCAGGGAGGAGCUGUCCCCUUCGUGGGCUUCAAGGGGUGGGUCACAGUCCAUGGAGCAUCGAGAGAUUGGGUCACAGUCCAUGGAUCCUUGAGGGAUGGGGGUCACAGUCCAUGGAUCCUUCAGGGAUGAGGUCACAGUCCAUGGAUCCUCGAGGGACGGGGUCACAGUCCAUGGAUCCUUGAGGGAUGGGGUCACAGUCCAUGGAUCCUUCAGGGAUGAGGUCACAGUCCAUGGAUCCUUCAGGGAUGAGGUCACAGUCCAUGGAGCAUCGAGAGAUUGGGUCACAGUCCAUGGAUCCUUGAGGGACGGGGUCACAGUCCAUGGAUCCUCAAGGACUCAGGGUCACAGUCCAUGGAUCCUUGAGGGAUGGGGUCACAGUCCAUGGAUCCUUGAGGGAUGGGGUCACAGUCCAUGGAUCCUUCAGGGAUGGGGUCACAGUCCAUGGAUCCUUCAGGGAUGGGGUCACAGUCCAUGGAUCCUUGAGGAAUCAGGGUCACUGUCCAUGGACCAUUCAGGGAUGGGGUCACAGUCCAUGGAUCCUUGAGGAAUCAGGGUCACAGUCCAUGGAUCCUUCAGGGAUUGGGUCACAGUCCAUGGAUCUUCAGGGGAUGAGCUCACAGUCCAUGGAUCCUCAAGGAAUCAGGGUCACUGUCCAUGGAUCCUUGAGGACUCAGGGUCACUGUCCAUGGCUCCCAGGUGACAGCUCACCUGUGACAGGUGAAUGGGACCUGUCA